AUGAAUUCCGUCGAAGAAUCUGAUGUUGGUAUACUUUGUUAUAUCUCGCAGCUUCCUGGCUUCCGUGGAAUUCUCAAGCAAAGAUAUUCCGAUUUUAUUGUAAAUGAAGUGGGUUUGGAUGGAAAUGUUGUGCAUUUAACCUCAUUAGAGGUUCCAGCAGAGAUUUCUGAGGAAAAGGAAGAAAAGACUACUGUUCAAUCUAAUAACAAUUAUGCCACCGAGAUGGAAUCUUUUCUAGCUCUUGCUGGUGACUCUGAUGCGGAGAAGCUGAAAAGUUUUGUAAUUCAAAUUGCUUCUCAUGUAAGCGAUGAAGACAUGUCCAUUGUUCUCUCUCCGAGCUCUGAUAAAGCCCAUCGAACGGCAAUUCAUAACUUUUUCAAGCAGAAAUUGAAUUUCCUUGUUACUGACACAGUAGAUGGACCUGAUAGUUCAUCAAAAUGCAUUCGGGUGAGGUUGAAUGCAAGAGGAAAUAAUGGCAAGGGGAGGCUCAACACCAAGAAAAGGAAAGAUCGAGGUGAUAAGGCCUAUGAUAGUAGAGGUUCAGAUAGUUGGCCAGAACAUAUUGGAAAAUUCCUUAGGUUUCAUCUCUACAAGGAGAAUAAGGAUACACAGGAGACAUUAGGCCUACUUGGAAAGAUGCUUGGGGUUCAGCCCAGAUCGUUUGGGUUUGCUGGCACGAAAGAUAAGCGCUCUGUAUCGACUCAAAGGGUAACUGUUUUCAAGCAGCGGGCAAGUAGAUUAGCUGCGCUUAAUGAAAGGUUAAUUGGUAUUAAAGUCGGAGACUUUUGCUAUGUUAAUGAUGGACUUGUUCUUGGGCAGCUCCAAGGAAACCGAUUCACUGUUACAUUAAGGGGAAUCAUAGCUGAAAGUGAAGAUAUUAUAAGAGCUUCCACUACUGCCUUGGGAAAGCAUGGAUUUAUUAAUUACUUUGGCUUGCAGAGGUUUGGAAGCAGUUCUGUACCAACUCAUCUUGUUGGAGCAACUUUACUUCGUGGGGAUUGGAAAGCUGCGGUCGGCAUGAUUCUAGAUCCAAGAGAAGGAGAAAAAGAUGCCACAAGGAAGAUGAGGGAAUAUUACAAGGAGAGUGGAGACAUAGAGGGGACCCUAAGACAGUUACCUCGACAUCUGGUUGCAGAACGUGCUAUUCUCCAGUGUCUAAAAAGGAAUCCUGGAAAUUACUUACAAGCUUUGAUGGGUAUACCGAGGACGCUAAGAAUGAUGUUCAUACAUAGUUAUCAGAGCUACUUGUGGAACCAUGCCGCAAGCACGAGAGUACAAAAGUACGGUUUUAACCAGGUUAUCUUGGGUGAUUUGGUAUACUGCAAAGAACAAGAUACUAAGAAUGAAACAAGAUCUGUGAAACUGGAAUUUGAAGAUGGUAGUAGCAAUGAGGUCGACAUUAAUGGUCAUUUUGAUGAUAUAUCUGCAUUAAAUGAGGAUGAUAUAGUUGCUGGAAAUUAUACAGUUGAUGAUAUUGUACUUCCUUUGCCUGGGUCAAGGGUUAUUUAUCCACUGAAUGAUAUUGGGAAAGUUUAUCUGGACUUGGCAAAGAAGGAUGAUAUCAGCUUGACGGAGAGUGCACACAAUACAAAGGAGUUCUCGAUAACCAAUAUGACAGGAUCCUACAGGCGGUUAUUUCAAAAGCCUAAAGAUUUUGAAUGGGAAUUAGUCAAAUACACUGAUAGAGAUAUGCCAUUGGCAAAAACAGAUUGGGACAUUAUUGCUAAUUCAAGGCCAGCAACACUGGGCUGCGAUAAAAAGUCGGCUGCAAUGAUUCAACUUGAUUCAUUGCCCAAAUUGGAUAAGUUUGAAGAUGCUACUGAGGCUUCAAUAGAAAACGAGGGUACAGAAAAUGAGACAGGAGGGCUAAAACUGGAGGAAACUAUAAAUGGCCCCACAUCACAGGAGAACCAAACGGCUCUCAAGUUGAGCUUUACCCUGCCAGCUUCUAGCUAUGCAACUAUGGCCAUAAGGGAGCUGCUAAAAACAUCUACCUCUGUUGCAUUUCACAAGGCAUUAAACCUGUGA